UUCCCCUUGAUGAUUUGUCAACAUAUGCCAGACUGAAAGUAUUUUCUGAUUUUGUUAUCAAAUGGAAACAUUUGACAGGAUACAGUCUGCGUAUUGCAUGGGGUAUCAAUGAAGAUAUGCGAGAUAUGAAUAGAAUGAAUUCAAUCGGGGCGGAUGAGGAUGCAGACGUGUUUGAAAUCACUGACUUUACAACUGCGUCAGAUUGGGAGAGGUUCAUCGCUCGCUUCGAAGAAAUCAUCCACGAAUGGAAGUUAGCCAAUCGACCGCCACUCCCCCCUGCGCCAAAGGACGAAUAUUCAAAUGGAGCCUGGGAUGAACGUACUGAGGAGCUACAAUUUGCUGAUUUCAAAUUUAAGAUUACCCAUAAAUUCCUGAAAUCGUGCGUUGUGACAACUGAAGGUAGAAGUUCAGAGGAGAAGGAUGGAGCCCAGGACAACGACGACACAGAAGAUUUUGACGAGAAAACACCAACAGUUUAUUCUGAUUUGAUGAACCUUGACAAUGAUUUUCCUUCCCGUGCACACCCACUGUGUAGGUGGUAUGGCCUCCAGGAAUUCCUCACCUUAUCACCAGCAGCUAACAAUGAGAUUAUUGAUACUGAAAGUAGAACCAAGCUGCUUCUCAGCUCCGCCUCCAUUGCUAUGAGCAACACCACCUGCAGUGUGCCAGUGUUUGUACAGCAGUCGCACAACUGGAGGAAACUUUACUGUGGAACAUGUGUUGUUCCUGGAGCAAAUGUUGAAUUUGAAAUGGUUCAUCUGAAAAAGAUUCCCUCCCAAUACGACCAUCUAGCCGGUCUCCUAGAUGUGUUCAAAUCUAAACUAGGAUGUGUGUAUAUCUCUAUGCCUCCAGUGUCAGUAUCUGUGAGAUUCACAUACAUCUUGUCUGAUUGGUCAUGUACUGCCUGGCCCCAGGCUCCUCCAGACUUGUCGUCAUUGAUGGAAGAUGAAGUUGGCUGUUCUGAUUUUGGCAACCUUCCUUUCGGAGCAUGUGAGGACCCAGUGAGUGACCUACAUUUAUCUUGCACCUGGCCAAGUCUCUCAGAGGAUAUGAUUGUGGAGAAUCAUGUUUACUCGGAUCUUGACCCCCUACAAGCGCCACAGUGGUCUGUUCGAAUCAACAUGGUAGAUGAUCCACUGUGUCUCCUUGGGGAUUAUAUCAGAGAAUUCCUGACCCUUACUGAGAGAAAGGAAACAACAGAUGAACUCCUUGGAAAUCUUGUGUCUGACGAUGGAGAAAAUGCAGACCUUAGCCAGGCUUUGCAACGUUUGACUGAACCUAACAUGCCAUAUGCCAUGCCUUCCAUCGGAUCUGUAGUGUCAACUGCAACUACACGACUGAAAAUAAAACCAGAAGAAGCACCAAUAGCUUCGGACAUGCUAAACCAAAUACUACUAUUUCUAUUUCCUGAUGCCAAAGGGCCAAAAUGUGAAGGGGAGGAUGAGAAUGGAGAUGAAGAAGUUAAAGAAAAAACUGCCAGGUACAUAGAUGUUUUGGCAGAGCUAAAGAAACAGAUGAAAACUGCACCUCUUGAUAGUUUAACACAUCGCUUGGCUGUAUGUUUUUCUAUAGUUAACCAUAAUUAUGGUGGUUUAAGAGCUGUUGCACACUUGUGGCAAGAGUUUGUCUUGGAGAUGAGAUUUCGUUGGGAGAAUAAUCACUUUGUAUCAGGAGUUGAAAAGUGUCAACCCAACCUUGGAGCUUGUCUUCUGCACCAGAAGCUUCAGAUGCUUAACUGCUGCAUCGAGAGGAAGAUGAAGAGAGAGUCUUUGGGUUACGGGUAUGGUUCAGAAUAUGACAACUCUGCUGGAGCAUCCCCUGAUAGUCCUGGUGAUCCUUUCAGCAGUGUGUCCGACAAACAAGACACCUCCCCAGCUGAAGGUCGAGUUGAUGAGGUAAUUGCUGAACGUGUCGGCAGUAUAGGAAGUGUUAGUGAUGAUGAAUUCUACGACUGUGAUGAUGAUGAAGAUGAUGAUGCAGAUGGAGCUUCAGUCCCAAAGGAGAAGACAAAGUCUGACCGAAAGAAUAGCAGGAACAGGGACAGCUCAGAGGACAGAGCCAAGUUGGAGGAAAGUAUUGAGUCAGCAUCUGUUGCCAGCGAAUCGUCCUUUAAAGACAGUGUUUCCCAUAAACCUGAAGGUAGACUUGCACCUUUUAAGAACAUGAAACUGCAGGGUUCUAGUGAGCAGAUGUAUGUCCCAAUCACACAGGAACCAUCACCUAUGACAGAAGACAUGCUUGAAGAACAUGCUGAUGUUCUCUCUAAACUUGGAUCAUCUCAAGAAAGUACACAGCUGCGUGCCAGAAUGCAGAGUGCCUGUCUUCUCUCCGAUAUGGAGUCUUUCAAAGCUGCCAAUCCUGGUUGCACAUUGGAAGAUUUUGUUCGAUGGUAUUCCCCACGAGAUUAUAUUGAGGAUGAAGUCGAAACUGAAGAUGGUAAAAAGGAAAUAAAAGGCUGCCUUAGUCAAAGAAUGCAAAUCCCUGGAAACAUGUGGGUGGAAGUAUGGCAGAGCGCAAGACCAGUUCCUGCAAGACGACAAAGACGGUUAUUUGACGAUACAAAAGAAGCUGAAAAGGUCCUCCAUUGGCUUAGCUCCAUGAAGCCGGCAACUGUUGUUUUUAACUUAAUGCCAAUGUUAACGCAUGCUGCUAUAGUAAAGGUCCUUGACAAUGAAGAUGCCGAUGUGCCUGCUGUGAAGACUCUGGUUGACCAGAUAGUGUCCAAGGGGGCCAAACUGACACGAAACCCAAUGGCUGAUGUCAGAAAGUAUGAACAUUUGGUCCGACUCAUCGAAAUGGCAGAGACCCUGAUAGCAAGAACAGUGUCCUUGAGGUCCAAAUUUUCUGAAGACCUUCUCGAACAACGAGGUGCCGAGAGUGAACUCCAUCACUUUGUGUCCUGUCUCCAUCAACACCCAGAGGUUACAGUCCGAGGUGGUCCGUGUGGUCCUGUAGGUGCCAUCAUUCACAAACUGUUUGUCCAGUCACAGAAGGCUUCCUACAUGUUGCUAGAUGAGGAUGAGGAGCCGACUGAAGAAGUGGAGAAAGAUGCACAUAAACCUGCUAGCACUGUCCCCGACUUCCCACGACCAACAGCCCGUGAAUAUAUACUGAGAGCUAUGGUACCAAGGCCUGCUCCUUACUCAAGGGUGCUUCCACAGAAGAUGUUCUGUGUUCUGGUAGAAAAUGACCACUUUCGGUUAGCAGGAGCAUUUUCUUCUGAUACAACUUUCCAGUGAUGAUUUUGCUGCAGACUUAGUGAAUUAUCAUUGCUUGAGUGGUCUGCAACUCACUAACAAACUCUACUGAACAGAAUUGUGAGAUCAUGUUUUAACUCCUCAGAAUAGUAAACACAGUUAACAGAUCCUGUGUUGAUAUCAAGAUUGUUGGGUGUUAUUUAUUUGAAUGGGUGUGGCAGUUGCUUUAUCGUGUUGCCCUUGAUUGUCUUAUUCACAUAAUGCAAUAUGAUCUGCUUAUAUUCUAUGCUUUACAAAUAUAGACAUUUUAGAUGCAAAUUUUGUAUUUAUUUGUUUUUGUUCUGGAGACAGUUGAAUACUACUGUUACAUAUGUUCAUAAAAUCAUCCAAGGCACAGUUUGUCAUGACUUCAGUCUUUCCUUGAGAUGAACAUGGAAGUCUUUCAUACCAUGCUGUUCUAUGCUACGAAGAGAAUAUUUUCUAUGGGUAAGGCCAUCCAUACUUUUUACAGGUUUCUUAUCUCCAGCCUCAAACAUCAAAGCAGGCUUGUGAAAAAAAAUUUAAAAUCUGUCACUAAUUGUGUAACUUACUUUAUGACAUUUUAUGAACUAGAACAUUUGGUACCGGUCCAGUGGAGUUGCUUUUGUUUGGAGACUUAUAAAGCUGACCUAGUUUUUAUGAAUGUGCAUUAGUAGGAGCAUUUUCUUUUAUCACUUUGGGGCAUUAAUUUCCACAGCAGCAUGGAAAAUUGAGAUAUGAUAACUGCUUAUUUCACAUUGGAAUAAAUAUUCAAAGCCGGCAGGAGAUGGGAAACACCAAAACAAAUAUGGACAGCCUUGUAUGUAGGAUGAGUAAAUGAGUAGAUAACUACAGAUUUACUUACAGUUGAAUACUGAUUAUGAUGACAUGCAUAAUAAAAAGCUAAAUAUGCUA